AUGGAGACACUUCUCAGGAUCAUAACGGUGAUAACACUUACGCUUCACCAUAAACGAUCGCAAGUAUCCGCUCACUCGCUACGAGGGCGCAAUGUUCACGGGCAUUGGUUGUUAAACGGUUCAGACCCAGACGUGAGUUUCUCCAGUUCUGUGAGAUUUGCAAAAGGACGCUGUCCACGUACCAAGGCGGCAGACUUCUUCGCGGAGCAAUCCUACGCGACAGUACCCACUACAAAUAUCACUGACUGUGAUUUCACAAUUGCGUUUUGGAUGAAAAUCCCCGGCCAUCAUGAUGACAUCCUACGUAACACAGUAGUAUUCACAGCCAUCAGCACUGACGGUAAUCCACUUUUCCUAUCAUUAUCAAAGCAGACGGCGGGAAAGAUCCAUUUUAUUUGUGGACAGAUGUUGGGCUCCAAUGGCGAUUCCUUUAUCAGGCUAAUCAUUUCGACGGGACAAAUACACUUUGACCAAUGGACUCACCUGGCUGCAACUUGCCAAGAGAAAAAAAUUAGUCUGUACAUUGAUGGAGUGGAACAAAUAGCCUUAAUCAAAAGAAACACCUCUAAUUUAUUCUUCAACUAUCUUUCAAGUAUGGCAGAGCAGAGUAGCUUGAACAAGUUGUAUUACAUUGGAGGUUUGCCACCCAACGGAGGACUUAGCAUUAGAAGUGUAAAGUUCUUUGGAUCGGUAAUGGAUCUUCACGUCAUUGGAGUAGCAUUUACUCCAGACGAGAUUUACGACUUAUACAAGGAUCACGCACUAGUCAUAAACGUCACAUUAACUGAUGCAAAGGGAGACAUUGUUAACGUCGAGUGGGAGCCGCCGUCAUGUCCGGCAAACAUCAAGAUGUAUUUUGUCCACUACAGGGAAAUCGAGACCAAAGACUGGAAUGCAAUUGCUGUUUUUUCAAAUGUAACUUCUUAUGAUCUUCAGCUACAAUCCUACAAGGAGUAUGAAAUUACUGUUACCACGAGAGACAUUGAUAAAGAUAUCCCUCGUAAACUAUGGAGGGUCAGAACUCAAGGAGUUAACCAAACCAUUCUAGUAAAUCCUGACGAGCAAAAUAACAACACCAGUUACAAAGACAAAAAAAGAUUAAAAGCUCUAAUAAUCACUGGGAGUGUCGCAGCUGUGUUUGCGGUAGCUGUCGGCUUGUUUUGCUACAGAAGGAGACAACUUCGUUCUGUUUUGGAGCAAAGACCGCUUUCAAAGUCAAAAUCUAAAAUCGUUCACUUAUUGCAAUCGGAAGUGAUCCCCGAGAGGGUAACUCUGUUAGAAGAACUGGGACAGGGAGCUUUUGGAAAAGUUCACAAAGGAGUCUUGAGAGAGUUACCAAAAUCUGAAGUCUUCUAUAAACCAAAGAGGGAAAGAAUCAACGAAGUGAGAGAAACUAUUGUUGCUGUCAAAGUGUUACUUGAUACAGCGAGCAAUGAAGAUAAAAAACAGUUUCUGCAAGAAAUUGAAUUUAUGAAGAAAAUUGGUUCUCACAGGAAUGUGCUAAGCAUGAUUGGCUACUGGGAAAGGUCAGGACCAAUUAUGCUUAUCCUCGAGUAUGUUCCGCAUGGAGAUCUUCUUCAGUGGCUACGAAACAAAAGACAGUAUAUUUCUUCGCAUCAAUAUGCCGUAGGCGACCAAACUCCGUUUACUUGUGAACAGCGAAACAAUGGGGCAACACGAAUAAUUGGCAUGCCAAGGAGAAAUCAGUUGAUAGAAGAUGAUAAAGAAACUCGCUUGAAUGAAAACGCAAUUUCAUUGGAUUCCGAGAAAACUGAGAAAAAUGCAAUCCGUCUUAGCGAGGUGAACAUCAGCUUUUCCCUUGGCAAUGAACAAUACGGAAAUAAUAAUGAAGGCCUUUCCGCCGAAGAUCUUCUUUGCUUUGCGUGGCAAAUAACUCAGGGAAUGGAUUACUUGGCCAGCAGAGGAUUUGUUCAUCGUGAUCUGGCUGCCCGUAAUGUUCUUCUCGGUGAGGGCAGAACUGUUAAAAUUGCUGACUUUGGACUGUUACGUCGCACAUAUGGUGAAAUAUACGAAGUGAACCAGAUGAAAAAACUGCCAAUCAAAUGGUCAGCACCGGAAGCGCUAUUUUACGGCAGAUAUACCUCCAAAAGUGACGUGUGGUCUUUCGGAGUUCUGUUGUGGGAAAUGGCUACUAUGGGUGGCAUUCCAUAUCCUGGUAUUAGCAAUAAAGAGGUAUACAAUCUUCUCAAGACUGGAUAUCGGAUGGACAAACCAGACAUGUGUUCUAACGAAAUAUACAAGUUAAUGCUGAAAUGCUGGAAGGAAGAUCCUUGCGAAAGACCGACAUUCAGGGACGUGAUUAAAACGCUGGAAGAAAUGAUGACUAAAGACACUCCUUAUUACGACUUCGACAAACUGGACGAGAAUGAUGCUUGUUACGAACAAUUCAUUUCUGACAGCAGUGACACUUGCGAUCCAGAUACUCGGUUAUAAUUUGCUAGUUUCAAAUAAUGCAAAUGAGCUAAAUCUUCAAGGGGUGCAUCAUGCCGGAGCGUCCGCCCUUCCCCCCCCCCCCCCCGUCCCCCCUCCAGACGGCACACCAUGUCAUUAACAUCAAGCAUUUAUCAGGUUUUCCUGACAGUUCAACAGUAUUGUUGUACUAUUUGGACCUAUAGGGACUCCCCUUAGGUAACCCUGAUGUUUAAUGGUUGUCACCCCCCUAGAACAGCCAUGUAUGUUUAGUGAAAGUACUAGUACUAUGAGUCUCAAGCUAGUUCAACUGCUAAGGUAAUUACGAUAUAAAAUGAACUUAAUUCUCGGCUCUGUGAUUGGUCGUUGCAUAGAGGGCACUUGUUGUUCAGAAUGACGUAAUAAGAAAGUUAUAUUUUUCCUCAUUUGUGUAUUCAUAUCGUAUUUCAAAGUAAUUUCUGAUCUAUAACCAAAUAGACAAAUGGAAAAGAAGAAAUGUUUUUGAUGCUUUUAUCUUCCUCUAGAGCUAAAUUCCCUACAUGAGAAAUCUUGUCAUUACUUAUCAUUAAUUAAUUUGCACGAAAAAAGCAUCUUGCGCUAUUUGUAAUUUUCCCCCAUGUUACAUGAAAAAUGCACUAGUUUUCAGCCAAUCAGAAGUGCGUGUUUUUUUCCAAGUACAUUACUACAAUAAUAAAUGAAAGAAAAUGAUAAUGCACCAAACCAGUGUGGUGUCCCCUCCCCCAUUAGUGUAAAUUGUCCUGGGCAACACACAACCACAAUGUGCAACUCUGUUAUCAACACUACUUUCCCCAAAAGGAUUGAUAUUGCAUUACAGCUGAUAAUGAGCAUCCAGGAAAACAUUCUUGAAAAGUACAAGAGCAAUUCUGAUGUCACUCAAAGGGAAGAUACUUGACUCCAAUACCUAAAAAGAUUUGUUGUAAUAAAAGUGAGACUUGGUAACAUACAAUUUUUAAAAUGCUACUCUAGUUUGACAGCUCAAAUUUUGAUGACUUCUUACUGCACCUAUAACAAGUUCAUGAAUACAGCAAAGGAAACAAGCUAAUGAAAUGACGGACUCUUUUGGAAAAAGCCACACAAGAAAAGAGUCAUAUUCUUUCACCACAUUUCUUUUUGAAUCUUUAUUUGGAAGAGAAAAUUGCAAAAUAAAGAUUACUUA